AUGGAUUCAAUCCGUCAGCGUCAUGACUACGCACUCGAGCAGAUAGGUGCCAAGAUAAGGCACGCGCUCGUCCGGAGAAAAUCAGGCGCAGAGCUGCGCAUCAACCAGACGGUACCCGAGUACACUGGUGCAGCUCUGCGUCCCGACAUUGUGGUGCGUGACGUGGCUGCCAAGAUAAUGGUGAUUGCUGACUUGAAAGUCACGUUUGAAGACCAUGCUGCUAGUGCUCGACACUCCUCGCUGCAACUCAGCCAUGACUUCAAGGUCAACAAGUACCAUCCCAUCGUUUUUGAGUUGCGGCUUAAAGGAUGGCAGGUACAGACUACGGCUCUUGUCUAUGGUUCACUGGGUUCGGUGCAUCCCAGCAACCUCAAGACCUACACAGAGACGCUUGGGUUGCUCAAGAUUGAGGCUCGACAGCUGAAUCUUCAGCUGUCGAGCCAUUGUAUUAGGUCCAGUCAUCGGAUCUGGAGCUGGCACUGUCGCCAGCACCGUGAUCGACAACGCGGUGGUACUGCCUCGAGAGCAAUGCUUCGGUCUGAGGGGACCCGGCAGAGCACAUCUCAGGUAAGGGCACGACAAUAA